CCAGGAGAAGGGCUGAUGACCAACCCAAUUCUGCAGGCCACUGAGGCUCUGCCCACAGAAGCUGAAGCCAGCACAGCACUCAUUGCAGUUGUUUUCAUCAUGGUCUUCCUCACCCUGCUCUCGGUUGUGAUCUUGAUCUUCUUUUACCUGCUCAAGAACAAACCUGCAGAAGGUGAGCCCAGAGCCGUUCUCCAGAUGGAGAGUGACUCAGCCAAGGACAGAGAGAAGGAGGAAUAUUUCAUCUAA